GUUUUCCCUGGGUGGUUCAUGUUUUUAUCAGUGACAAGAUGACGAUUCAUAUUUUUACCAAAGGACCCAGUGAGUCAUCUUAUUAACUCUACUGAAGUACAUGUUUGGCAAUAUUCCUACCACAUUAACCAGCUGACUUCACAAUGACUGAGGAUUUAGAUCACAGAUUCAGUAGUCUCACUUGGGAUCAAAUAAAAAUACUGGAUCAAGUAUUAACUGAGGUAAUACCCAUUCAUGGAAGAGGAAAUUUUCCAACACUGGAGGUAAAACCAAAGGAUAUCAUUCAUGUUGUAAAGGAGCAGCUUAUUGAGAAGCAAAUUAUUGUUAGAGACAUCCGUCUGAAUGGUUCAACAGCUAGUCACAUCCUUGUGAAACAGAAUGGAACUAGCUACAAAGACCUGGACAUCAUUUUUGGUGUUGAAUUACCAAGGGAACAAGAAUUUCAGGUUGUUAAGGAGGCAGUUCUGAAUUGCCUACUGGACUUUUUACCAAAAUGUGUCAAUAAGGAAAAGAUCACUGCUCAGACUAUGAAAGAUGCAUAUGUGCAAAAGAUGGUCAAAGUCUCCACUGAUCAUGACCGCUGGAGCCUCAUCUCAUUGUCAAACAACAGUGGAAAGAAUGUAGAACUAAAAUUUGUAAACUCACUCAGACGACAAUUUGAAUUUAGUGUUGAUUCCUUUCAAAUAAUACUGGACUCCAUGUUAAAUGUUUACAGUGAUACCGAAUGUGAAUUGACAGAAGAUUUACAUCCUACUGUUAUUGCCGAGAGCAUGUAUGGAGACUUCAAUGAGGCAAUGGAUCACCUAAAAUACAAACUUAUUUCUACAAGGAGCCCUGAAGAAAUACGGGGUGGAGGCCUUUUGAAAUACAGCAACCUGCUGGUUCGUGACUUUAAACCAGCAGAUGAGGCUGAAAUUAAAUCUUUGGAGCGUUAUAUGUGUUCCAGAUUCUUCAUUGAUUUUCCUGAUGUGGCUGAGCAACAAAGGAAAAUUGAGUCAUAUUUGCGCAACCAUUUUAUUGGGGAAGAAAAGAGCAAAUAUGACUACCUGAUGACUCUGCGUGGAGUUGUAAAUGAGAGCACAGUCUGUCUCAUGGGACAUGAACGACGACAAACUCUGAACAUGAUUACAAUUCUCGCUUUAAAAGUACUUGGAGAACAAAACAUCAUCCCAAAUGCAGCCAACGUAACAUGCUACUAUCAGCCUGCUCCCUAUAUCAGUGACAGGAACUUCAGCAAUUAUUAUGUUGCUCAUGGACAGCCACCCAUCAUCUACCAGCCAUAUCCAUUUCAUAUACAAAUGCAAAGUGGAAUGGUUUAGUGAAAGUUAGUCUUCUCAUCGCCCACCCUGCUCCCCAACUUGUUCAAAAUAAAGGCCUCAUUACAGCAAGUGUUACAUCA